CCUUUUGUGUAUAUGCUGAGGGGAAAAGAGAGGAACGCGAAUGCGCGUGUCUGUCUUUCGCCCUCCCUCCCAGCCGGCGCGCGAUUGGCCCGGCUUUCAAUUGGGGGAAUUCGGAGCGCCGCUGCGUGACGCGCGCGCGCGCGCGCCCGCUUUCUCUCCCGCUUCCCUCCCCGCCCCCUAACAACCCACUUCUCUCUCUCUCUGUGUUUCUCUCUCUGUCUCUCCCCCUCGGCGCGUGAGGCGGGCGACCCUGCACAGCCCAGAGCAGAAGCCCGACCCCAACCCCGGGGGCUGGAGGCAGGUCGCCAGGCAGCCCAACAGACCGACCAGGAACGGUGAGUGACCGACUGACUGGCAGACAAGCCUGGGCAGGUUUCCUCGGAAGCCAGUCCCGUUGUGCCCACCGGGGGUUGGGCUGGGGGGCUUCCCCCUCUCGGCAGCCUGAGGGGCUCCCCUGGCCCCGGGGGUGGUUCUUGCAUAGCAGCCGAGUUUCCCGCUUGUGGGUCGGUGGGUAGGGUUUUCCAAAAGAAAAGAGGUGUGCAGGGCUGAGGAGGGAAGGCAAGUCGUUUUUUCAUUGGGACUUUUUGGGGGGGGGGGAGGGAUGAGAGGAGUUUCUUUUCUUCGCCUUUGUUUCUUCACUUCCCCACUCCCCCCUUACACCCUCCCCUCCCUCUCCAAAGAAUUCAGACCCUCUUGAACCCAGCCUCGAUUCUGCGUCCUGAGAAACUCUGGUGGGGAAGGGUCCCUACUCUGCAGGAAGUCGGCUUUCUUUGGAAACCGGGGGGGAGGUUGGCUUUGAAACAAAAGUAAACUCGGAUCCCAGGAUAAGCUCCCCCCCUCUCCUGGAGGAAUGUGGGUUUGCUUUAAGUCGGAAAUGAACUUGGCUUUGAGGCUGGGGGGCCAGUGGUGGGCUGCUUAAGUAUGUUUGUGUGUGAGAGAGAGGGCUGUGUUUUAGUGUUUUUCCUUUUAAAACCAGAAUACCUUGAUCUGAUGUUAGGGGGCGCGGGUGAACUUUGCUGCUAGGUCUCUGUAGUCUCUUGUUAGGUCUCAGUUCUAAUAGCAUUGAGAUAUGAAGAGGCCCACGUUUCCUGUGUGCAGGAGACAGGGGUGGUAUGGCAUCAAAACUUCUGUUUCCUUGGUAAUGACAGAGAGGCUGUGAAAAUGCAGGGUGGGUUGGAAACCUUUCGCAAUUUUGUAAAUACUCUGUGCCUGGACUCUCGUGGGAGGUGGGGGUUCCGUUCAUGCUGAAGCUUGUAUCUAAAUUCAAUUGCUUAAUUGACACCAUGACAUCUGAAGCUGUAUACAGUAUUUCCCUCCUCUAUGCAAGGAGAUCAGUGGGCCAUUCCCUCUUCCCCCAAUGCAUAUGGCCCUUCCUCAGGUAUGGCUCAUGCGUGUUGCUGGGGGGGGGGGCAAGUUGAAGAUCCUAUUUAUAUGUGGCAGCCUGAAACGGGCUCUAGAUGUUGUGCUGAAACAAUACUGGUACAGCAGUGACUGUAUGGGUUUGUGUUUGGUUGGGGACAGAUCAGUGUUGUUGGAAUCUACAGGUGUGGUGGCAGAUCUUCUUGGUCUCUUGAGUUUUUCAUCUGCCCAGCAAAUGUUUUAGAAACACUGCGAUUUUAUUUGUAGCUGUAGAGUGUUUUUGGUCAUCCAGAACCUCCAAAGGACUUACUGUAUUUAAGUAAGUAGACCUUUUCCUAGCUUUUUCCUAGAGUCUGACAGUAGAUUAAAAUAUGACAUUUUGAAGUCUCAGUUUCUCUUUGCAGCAAAAGUAUUUUUGGCUAAGUGAUGGUCAGUUUUAUGUCUAGACUAAGAUCAGAACCUGGAAAGUUAGCACCUUGCUUACAACUAAAACCAAUUUAAAUUUAUUGGACAAAGGAUAUUGGAUUGCGUCAUGUUAGCUUGUGUCUAUAGAAGCACUGCCUGGAGACUUCCUUCCUUCCUUUUGGUCUUGGUGUUUUGUGCUUAUGUAGUGCACAGCAUGGAAUCUAGGGGGUCAGCUGCUCUCGUUCCAUCCAUUCCUUUAUUAUGGUGUCUCUGGGUUGAACUUCUGCUAAUUUAAUAACUUUGAGACAAAUCCACAUUAGUGUCAUUCUGGAAUUCACUGUGGGCCUUUCUGUCUUCUCCCUUCUCAUUUUAAUAGGUUGUUGACUAUGCAGACACAGGCUACAGCCAAACUAGUUUGUCUUGAAGGCAAGUUGUGCAAGACCUCAGCAAGGGGAGCGGCAAUGCAAAGUGUUGCACAUGUUGUUGGCACUAGGCCUAAAGAUGGGUAGAAGUGUGGAUCAUAAUCCUUCUGAGAUACAUAGAGUAGCAUCAUACUCUGUGUCCACUUUGGGUUCACUUGCCUAAGAUCAAGUGCUGUGAAAAUAUGGGAUGGAUAGGUAUUGGGGGAAAGCAGUUGAGAGAUGUAGAAAAGCUAGCCAAGUGACAAAGGAGCAGCACAGGGCAGUGGGCAAGCUAGUGCGUCCAGUUAGAUUUCUGGGUGUUUGCGCACCAAAUAUUGGGUAAUAUUAGGACAUGGGUCACCAGUGCCUACAGAGACCUUGCCUUGCAUCUGUGGAGUAUUUAUUCUACUCCUCCCCCUGCUGAAUUUAUGCUUGAAAGAAGGUAGUAAAAGUUUUUUUAUGCCUAAUUGUGGCAUGGAGAUGAUAGGUUGGCGGUUACAGAUGGGGAAGAGAGAGAGAGAAAGAGAGACUUUCUGUUUUCAAAUGUGCUUAUUGGCCCUAAAGGGUUAACAACCCCUCUUUUAGGAAGACAACUUGAUUUUGCUAAAUUCAAGGAAAUGUUGCUCUAGAAUAGGGUGGUCCAGUGUGCAGCCCUUGAGGCCUUUUUUGGUGUCCCUCAGCAACAUUUGACGCCCCCCUCAGCCCUUGCACUGCCUUCACAAAGUCAGGUAAGCGAGGCCAUGCGCACAAGGCAGUGUGUGGCCCGUGGGUUCUGUUUCGAAGUACCCUUGCAGCCCACUUGUUAUGAAAAGUUGGGCAACCCUGCUCUAGAAUCCCAUCAUUCUUUUGGCUUAUAUUUUGUUUCACUCCCCACCCCCCAGAGCUUAAAACGAGCUCCUGGUUCCUUUGCUGCAGCAAGGGACAUUUUCACUGUUGAUGGCCAGUGGAAGCAUGCCUUCCUCCAGGAAAAAGGAAGCAGCUUCCAAUGAAUCCACUGCUAAAAUGGAUGUGUGGUGCUCCUUGCAAAUGGACUGCAGUUUGAACUAACACUCUGGAUUUUGAAGUGUAGUGCUGUAGUCACCCUGGCUCACCUAUCAGAUUUGGCCCACCAGCAGGAAGAGGUUCCCAACCCAUUUGUUGCACCAUAAUGGUGACUUUCAUUUUUAGUUCCUGCCAUGCUUCCUGUAAGGGGAAGAAGAUAGCAUAUGGGCAAGAAAGUGGUGAUUCAUGCAUGCUGUCUAUAGUCUGGGUAUCCCUACUGGUGGUGAAUUGUAACAGGUUUAGAUAUGCGAUUCAAUAAUGAUGUGAAAGAAGCUUGUCUAGUUUUCUGAUUUUAAGGAAGUUCUUGAGGGCAGGUGUCUAAAUUAGAGGAAUUAAUGGAUAUGCAGUUAGCCUCCCUCCCUCAAGGAAGGACUUCACAUUAAUGUAAAAUGCUUAUUUGCAAUUGAUUUAUAGCUUUGCCUUGGUCACACGUCUGUUUACACUGGUGCAGUUAGUUCUAUAUCUUUGGGAAUAUAACUUUUGUGGGGCUGCGCUGACAGGGUACUUGUUCACAAUUGGGAGUUGUAGGGGUGCCCUGAUAAGAUAUCAUUUCACAAUUGUGUAGGUGUACUCUACAAGCCAACAGUAUUCAAGGAUGCAGUCAAGUGCUACAGCAGCAUGGCUGGGGUAAGACAAAGGGCUGCAAGUUGGACUGGAGACAUGUUCAGGGAUUUAAGAAAAUCUCACAUGCCUGGCUGUUGUACACAGUAUUGGGAACUAAGAUAUAUUAGCUAAGUGCCAAAUGGUUCCUUAAACCAAGGUUACAGUCACCAAAACGGAAAGUUUAGUUGCCAUUUUUGGGCAAGAUGGCUCUAAAGUCUUAUUUUUCAAACAUUAGAGCCAUCUUGCCCAAAAAUGGCAACUGUAACAUUGGUUUAAGGAGGUAUUUGGCACCUAGCUUAUAUAUCUGAGUUUCUAACACUGGUUCUGGCAACCAUAACCUAGGUUUAAAGUGCAUUUGGCUCCUAGUUUUUGUAUCUCUGUUUCUAACACUAGCUAGGAAUUGGUAAUAUGUUUGCCGCUGAUAUUCUUGGAUCACCUACAACACCCUGAUAGUCACAGUAUUUUCUGUCAGAACAGAACAGAAACAGUUACAAGAAAGCAUUUAUUUGUCUCCAAUCUGUACCUCUAUGUUCUUUCCUGAUGAACUUUUGUAACUUGCAAACCUGCUCCCCCCCCCCCCAACAGACUACCAGAAGUUUGUCUGGAUGAAUAUGUUACCUUGCCUUUUACUCUUCUGAUAGUAGACAGAAUCUUCCUUGGGUUUUGUCUUUCUCACAAAUAAUUUUCUCACUACACUUUGUCCCUUGGCUGGAGCAAGUGCCCUCCAGUUCAUGGCUUUGCAAACUGGCUGAGUUUCCCACCUCAGAUCUGAUAAUACCCAGGUCUUCUAAGGCUGGGGAGCACAGAGAACGUAAUCACUACUUCUGUAACCACUGCUGCUAUGUUUUCAUUUUUGGGGAUUCCACGGGAUUAUUGCCAACCCUCAUAUUUUCUUUUGAAUCCUUGUGCUGUGGGAAUUUCAUGUUUUGGGGUUGUUUUCUUCUUCUUCUUUAUUUUUCAAUAGACUUACUUUUGGCCUUGGUUAUGUAUGUGUCUGUAGAAGGACGGGGUGUGUUGGGAAAGGCUGGCCUAUCAACCCUCAAAGAGAGAUUUCUUUUGAGGUGCAGCUUUUAGCGUCUGGCCUCUUUAACGGCCUCCAGACAGAGCGUGGUUACAAGCAGCAGCCAAGGAUAAUUUCAAAGCUGCGUUCCCUUGGCACUCAUCCAUCCCGCUGAAGUGACUUCUGCACACAGAGUGCUUGUGCUAAUGCUGAUGAGUACCCGGUCUGUUUGUGGGGAGUUAAUGGGGAACCACCUAACAGGCACACUGAGAAAAAUUGUCUCCCUUAGAAAUGUCAGGACUUGAGAUGGCUGACUGUUUCUGAAAGAAUUCGUACACUUCCCUUUUGUUUCCUUUCCUUUCUUUUUUUGGCAUAUAUUGCCACAUGAUAGGAACCACAUGGGUUGAUCUUUUUCUCUCUUUUUUGGUUUUUCAAAAUAUAGAUCGUGAGCCUGUGUGCACCGAGAAUUUUUCUCAAUUGUUUUGCGCGGUGACUAAUUUUAGAUGUUUGAUAAAUAAAUCAAGAUGGUUCGGAAUAGAUUUAAUGGACCUUUGGUCUGAUCCAGCAAGGCUCUUAAUUCCAGCCCAAUUCAGCAGAGAACUGUGGAGCUUUCAGGGAGAGGCAACACGGGGGGAAAUAGAGUGUUCUUCUAUGAAUUGCCUGGCCUUGGAGGUUGUGCAGCAGCUGAGAUACCCCUCUACCCCAUUAUCCUGAUUGCCACAGUGGCCAAAGAGAUACCUCUGUGGAGCCCAGAGGCAACGCAUGGGUGCAAUGGCCCUUCCUAUCCUUUUCUGCUGGUAGUCCGUGGCAUGCUGCCUCUGAACCGUGAGGUUCCAUUAAGCUACAAUGACCAAUAACUGCAGAGAACCUCUCCCUGAGUUUGUCUGAUCCUCUUUUAAAGCCAUCUUGAACCAGUUGCCAUUGUCCUGCCUGGUAGAAGCAAAUUGCACAAGCUAGGCUGUGUGAACUGUACUUUCUUUUGUAUAUCCUAAAUUGCCUGGAUGAUCCUGAGUGUAUUUUGAGGGAGGGAAAAAAAUAUAUACCGUAUUUUUCGUCCCAUAGGACGCACCUACUUUUUUGGGGCGGAGGGCGCCCCGUGCUCCGCGCUGCAGGCUGCCACCCGCAAGCCUUGCGCUCCUGGGGGGAGUUCCCCCCGGUGCGCAAGGCUUGCCGACACCUGCGCGAAGCACGGGGCGUCCUCUGAAGGGCGCCCCAUGCUCCGCGCUGCAGGCUGCCGCCCGCAAGCCUUGCACGCCCGGAGGGAGCUCCCCCGGGUGCGCAAGGCUUGCGGACACCUGCGCGAAGCACGGGGCAUCCUCCGGAGGGCACCCCGUGCUCUGCGCUGCCGUCUGCCGUCUGCAAGCCUUGCGCGCCCGGGGGAACUCCCCCCGGGUGCGCAAGGCUUGCGGAUAGCUUCCUGGAGCCUGGAGAGCGAGAGGUGUCGGUGCGCACCGAUGCCUCUCGCUCUCCAGGCUUCAGCGAAAGCCUGCAUUUGCCCCAUAGGACGCACACACAUUUCCCCUUCAUUUUUGGAGGGGAAAAGGUUCGUCCUAUAGGGCGAAAAAUACGGUAUCUCAUUUUCCUUACCAUGCAUAACGCAGUAAGCUUCAAGCAUAUUCUUCGUCUUGUCUCAUUAUAAAAAAAUGUCUUCAGAUUUGUUAGCCUUUUCUUGUCGGAACAGUAUCCCAACCCUUUGAUUAUUUUGGGUACCCUUUCCCACAUAUUUUGCAGCUCUUGGGUUGGUGUAACUGAGACAGAGAGAUGACAUCACAAUUGCCUCCGUGUGUGCAUGUGUAGAUACAGAUAAAACCCUGCUGAAUCAGGCCAGAUGUGAUUAUUCCGUGCAGCUGGUUCACAGAGGCAUGGCUCUGGCAGUGGAGGUAGGGCAUGCUCAUCAUGACUAGUAACCAUUGAUAGCCUUGUCCUCCGUGAAUGAGCCCAGUUCUAAAUCAUCCAAGUUGGCGGCCAUUACUACAUAUUGUAUGAGCAAAUUCAUAGUUUAACUAUACGUAGUAAGUCAAUUAGAUUUUUAUAGUGUUCACUGUUCUGCGAACUCUGAACACACAGACGUGUGUGCACACACACAAAACAUGCCACAUGGACAUCAUCAAGGGUGUCAUCAUCUUAACAGAUUAAAGGGCUUGAGGGAUCAGAGGCCAAAUUAAUAAAAUUCUUUUAAAAAAAAGAUUAGUGUCCCGCCCCCUUGGGGGAAAGGGGACGGGGACUCUGCAAUUCUAUGAUUUUAACUCAUUGAAGACUGCAUGGGAAACUACAAUAAAAAAGGCACAUUGUCGCCAGUCACUGUUGACUUAGUGGCUUAUAUGAGGGUGUUAAGAUGCUGUCUUUACAAUAGCGGCCUUUCUGUAUGAGUGGCAUGUGUGCAUUGUUGCCAUGUGAUUGUUGCUGAAUUGUGGUUUAAGAAGUGAUUGUUGGCAGUGAAGUUCAUAGAAGUUGUGCAACAUGUCCUUGUAAAUAUUUGAAGAGGGGUUAGCCUAGGUGACUUUGGAGGCUGCACCCUGUUCUUUGACUUUAAGACUACGGCGACAGACACUCCUUGAAGCUUAUAGCAAUUCUUGGUUCAGUUGUGUUAGAUCAUAAUCUACAGGUAGGGCACCAUAUUUCUUUUUAAUAUGGUGGGAAGGCUGCAUAUGCAAAAGGCAGGGGGGUUGAAACCCGAGUGCCAGAGCUUCCUUUCCCCAGUCAGCACUUAUUCCAGAAUUUCUAGCCCUUUAAGAAAAAUUAGGCACUAACAGUUGCAUCUUGGCAACCCGUGGGUUGUCUAAGCAACAGAACGCUAAGUCUCCUGUUCGCUAGGGAAGUGUGGAGCUGAAUCACAGGGAAUAUACCACUGCCUAACCUACAGCAAGACUUCUAUGCCUCCCCCUGUGGGAUAAUGAAUAAACUAAGCAGCAAAGAAUUGACUUCUUGAAUAGAAAGUAUAAAAGACCCUGAGUAGUGAUUUGGUUCUGGAAGGGGGUUCUUUUAGUGCUAUUUCUGUUGUUCCGGGAUGUGCUGUGUGCCAUAGGUGCAAUUGAAUUAUUCUUAAUUAUUCGGUCAGUUUUGUCUCUGUGCAGUGCAUUAAUUUGAAGAAAGAAAUCUGGAAUGAUUGUCAAAUGGCAUGAUUCGGUAUGGAAAAUUGUUCUGUUCCCUGUUGGAAGUACUGACUGCUGGUAGUGAUUAACUCCCAUUCCCGUUCUGUACACGUUGCACAUUCCUGACCCCAUUCUCUCUGUCUCUCCCCCCCCCCCCCCGUUUCCUCAUCCUACUCUGCACUAGCAGCUCUCUACUUCCUGUUUAAAUUGGCUGCGUGCUGUUGGGUUUCAUGUGGCGAUGUUGCAUUGCUGUGUGAAAAUGCCAGGUUCUGCCUCUAUGCUUUUUCUUUCUGCCCUGUCAUAUGUGCUAGUUCUAAGUUGACCUCUCUCUUCACCCUCCCCGAUUCAUUGCAGAAACUCCAUGGAGAUUGGGACCAAAAAAGUGCUGCACUCCACGAACUAAGGACGACCUCUCUGAUCUAGCUGAGGAAACAGAACUGCACAGGUGGGCAUCCUUAAAUUCACAUUUGCUUGCAUUUUCCAAUAUCUUUCCAAUUGCAGUUCAUACAGUUAUAGAUCCCCUCCUUCUUUGGGCAUGGCAGUUGUAGGUGACCAUUUCUCUGCACUGCCCAUGGUCUCCCAUUAUGAGGCACUCCCAGAUGAACUGGGGGAGAACCCAGAAGCCAACUCUGGACAAGGGAAUGGCUAUGGUCUCAAGGGAGGACAGGAGUUCUUCUGAUGCAGGCUACAAGCUCCCUUUGCUUCUGUUGUCUUUCCCAACAGUCAACUCCUCUAAUGUGAAGUGUAAUGUGAAGCAUUUCUAUAUGCCAGGAAGCCCAUGUCAGAGAAUGCAGAUGUCCUUGUGUGUAGGUGUAGACCUGAGUUUGGGGAUUUGAGCCCUUAUGCAUUCAGCUGGAGGGGAAGCAGGGCCAACCUAGGUGCUGUGAUACCCUUACAAGUCUUGUAGCUUUUUGUGGUGAUGCUAGCAAUCAUGCCAGCUUGCUUAAGAUAUCUAAGCAGCUCACUUCCCCAGAUAUUCAAGACGUUGUUUUGCACUGAACACUAAUCGCUAGGGAACAUCACAGCCUUGUAAAUAAUUAUUCAGAAGCAUUCAUCCAUCCCCGGCUCAGUUUGCCUGUGUUUCUUCAGCUGACACAGUGCUGUCUCGGGUGUCAGUCUCUGCACUUUAAAGCUGGGAUUGUCCAGUAACACAGCCCAAGGCAUGUAGUAAUUUCUGUCUUCUGGCCUUUAAGUGCCAAUGCUGUGGGAGGAUUGGCACUGUUUAGUUAGAACAGAUGUGCUUCCUUCUCAUGCUUUAUUGUUGGUGACAUUUGUACAUGUCUUAUAUGCAUGAUGUAUAUAAAAGGUGUUUGCGUUUGGAGCUGAAUCUUUACAUACUUCUGAACGUAUUGUUCAAGGAAAGUACUUUAGUAGGUGAACUGCUCGCAUAUGUAUGGACAUUAUAGGAAUGUCCACGUUCAGUAAAGGUAUGUGGUGUCCAGGCAAGGCUGCUGCAACUUUCUAUCUCCAUAAUUUUUGCAAGAUAUCAUUGACUCGUUGUACUCUGUAAGCCAGAAGCAACUUCUAGUGCGCAUAUAUAUAUAUAUAUAGUGUUCAUUCUUCUUGUUCCACUUGGCCUUUGACUUGGAGUCAAUUUGAUUCCCUCCCCCUCUUUCUUUUUUCCUUUCUCCUCCUGUGAUAAGGCUGCAUUUUAAUGUUUUAAUGUUGUAUUUUAAUCUUGUUUUUAAGUUGUAUUCAUUCAACUUGUUUUCAUUAUUGGUUGUUAGCCGCCCUGAGCCCAGCCUUGGCUGGGGAGAGCAGGGUAUAAAUAUUAUUAUUAUUAUUAUUAUUAUUAUUAUUAUUAUUAUUAUUACAUCAUUGACAAAAUAGCUAAUUAGAGGUGGGGCAGGUUUGUUAAACAGAAAAAAUUGCCACCUAUUCUUGUCCUAUAUGCAGAUGUCUUCUUGAAAAGAUGAUCUUUGUUCUUCACCAUAUGCACUCCAUUCAUAAUAAGCUGUGCUGACUGCCUUUACCCUUCUGAAUUUUAUUCAGGAAGAGUCAUCAAUUUAUUUUAUGUGACAAAUUUAUAGGCUGCCUCGUAGGCCAUGCCCUCACAAAGUGGUAAGCACAGAAACAAUAAGAAACACAACAAAUGAGAUGAAUUAUUAUGAAGCAGCACCUAGGCCCAAUGAAGCCUAAGUAUUUCACUCUCUUUCCCUGUGUGUGUGUGUGUGGGGGGGGGGAGAGAGAGAGAGAGAGAGAGAGAGAGAGAGAGAGAACUUGAAAGUACAGCUGAAGAACACAUUAAGAAAAGGCAGCCUGGAAAAGAGAUGUUAAGUCCCACUUGAAAGCCUGCACUGAAGGCAGUGUGUGUAACUCACUCAGAAGGGAAUUCCGUAACCAUGGGGCCACCACUGAAAAGACCCCAUUUUUUGUGCCUGGCAACCUAAUUGCUCAUACUGGUGGGCAUAUGACCAGGACCUCCAUAGCUGAUUUUAGUGAAUGACCAGGGUCAUAUAACCAGGUCUCAAGUUGUUAAGGGCUUGAAAAGGUCGGCACCAGUACUUUGAAUUGGGGCCCAUAAAUGCUCUGAGGGGAGUUUUAAAAAUGGAUUUUAACAUAGGAAUUAUAAUCAUUGUGAACCUUGCGAUGGUAAGUGCAAUUACAUUUAUCCAGCACUGAAAGCCUGGUGGUUUUGACCUACCAAUGCAGCCUUGGGUCAAAUUAGACUGGAAGCUUAUAAGGAAAACCAGAGAUUUAGCUGUUGCCUCUUUAGUACAGGCAUCUCACACCUUUGGAGAGUUGAGAGGUGCUGCUCUUGAUGAAAUAAGUGAGUAGCCUAGCAUCUAAACUGUUCCAGCUCAUUGAGGAAUUGAAAAGGCUCUUAGACAUGCCUGGGUAAACAUUAUGAACUGGCACAGCAGCAGCUAAUAUUUCCCCCACUUCAGAUUUCCAGCCUGAGGAAGAGUUCUCUGCAGUAAGUAAUGCUGUCCAGCAUUUAAAAUAACUAGUUUUAUUUAUAUAUAAAUAAAGUUGGGCCAACUUAAGACCGCAUCCUGUUUGCCUUGGAGGGAAACACUGAAUCUUUGGGGUGACAUCGUCUUUACCUCCUGAGGCAAGGUUAAUCUUGGUCUGAACUCAAUAGGGAGGCUUUGGCAUCUGCACCCUCCGCAGAAUUUCAGGCUGUGCCAGAAAUUAUGACUCUGUGGUUUUUGUGCUUUCUGUGUAAUGGAAUUGCACAGAUUCAGUGAAAGGAAGAAGCCUUGUAAGAUUGCAUGAAGUGUCAUAUAAUGGAAUUGCUGCUGAGGAUGCAUGGUGCUUUACAGAGCUGCAGUAAACCAGAUUCUCUUGCUCCGGUUGUGUACAGUUCAAAGGUGGGCAAGAGAGGGGAGGAAGAGGACUGGAAUUAGCAGCAAGUUUGUGAAUAAACAGAGUUAUACAUGUGCCUGAUUGCUAGUGUUAGAGACUCGGUGGCAGGAAGAACAUAAAUGUUCUCCGAAUCUUGUGGACAUGAGUGGGUUGAGUGCUUUUGGCACUCGUGUUUCGCUUGUGGGCUUCCCAUAAGCAUCUGGCCUGUGAGAACAGGAUGCUGAACCAAAUGGGAAUCACCAGAGUUCCUUCUUAAGCUUUUAUCUCUCUGUGUCAUCUCUAGAAGGCCUGGCUUGGCUUAGAACAUAAAGGUGGAUGGUGCAGAUACUCAGCAUAGUUUCACUUCUACCCUCCCCUUCGAGGAAGCCUUGCCUAGUGGAAGAAAAAUACCUUCCUUACUGACAAAGCUGAUAAGAUCUCAUUCCUGUGGAGGAUUAAAAACCUCCCAUGUGGCCCAGCUUUUCACACCCUGGUCAGAAAUGUGCAGUGUGAUUCCUGAUAGAACAGGAUCCCCAUGGAAGUUGCGAGGUCAGAACCUGUUUCUUUAGUAGUAGUCCUGGGAGUGGGGGGUGGUCAGUACUCAAGUUUCAAGUUGCCAGCUGGAAAAUUGCUUUAUUUGGCAAUGUCCUGUGCAUUCCAUAGUGAGGAUGUGUUUGAUACGCAGACUUUUGAAAGAGGCAGCUCUGUGCUGAGCUGUUUCAGUUUCGGUGCUUCAGGCCCUCCCCUCUUCCAGUUAAUGACUGAAGCAAAUUGGCUAUGUGUUCUUAUUUUAGUCUCGGCCCAUUCUUUGCCAAAUUCAGCCAGGUUUUGAAAAGAUGGCCAAAGCACAUACUUCAGUUGCUGCCCUUCAUCUUUUCCCUUAAACGUGAAGUUUCCUUCUGAAAUCUAUCCAGUUUCUGAACUUGCCUUCAUUUCAGUUGAGAGAGAGAGUGAAAAAUGCAGACUGAGUGUGGAGGAUAAAGAAAGUUCUUUUCUCAUGCAGGACUUUGUUUUUCUCUUCCCGUGGUUCCCUAGGCAGGUUUGGCCAAUAAGUUCAACAGGAAAAGAGGCGCAUCCAUUGCUCAGUACUAGCUAUGGGCUUGUGAGUAUGCUGCUUGUGAUGGUUGGACUAAUCUGCAGAGAUCCCAAUGAGGGUUUGACAGGGAAGGGGUGGGGGAAGUGUAGUUGGACAAGGUGAGCCAUAAGGAUGGUGUGAAAUGGAGCUGAUAAGUUAUGGGAAAGAACUUUGUAAGCAUCUCUGGAAAGUUCGCUCAUCUUAUGCCGGAGCUACUGAAGUCAAAAAAGGAAGAGGGUAGCACCAGUGUGAAUUUUAAAGAGGUGAAACUCCCAAGGUGCAGAAAGCAAUUUAUUGAGAGUGCUUUCCAGUUUGACCAAGCCGUGGCUCUAUUUUAAUGGCUCUUUCAUUAUUAAUGUACUGGUUAAUGAGCAGCCCAUAACUUGUUCGUCAGGUUGGUUGCUUCUAUAAUGUGACUUCUGGUUCCUAGAACUUCAGUCUAACAUGGGUUGGCUACAAAUUCCAGGAGGAAAUAGUUCCUGGUGAAGAGGUGGCCUGAUUGUGUGGGGAGAGGCCCUUUGAGGGUAGUUUAUUUAGACUGAAGUUGAAGUGUCCUUCUGCACUUGAUGUAGAAGCCUAGCUCAUUAUCAUUACCUUCAAAUCAAUGACCUCUUGUUUUGUUUAAAGCUCUCUGAAGGAAGACUCAGUAGAAAUGCAUUUCCCAGGACCUGGAGCUUCUCCUAUGUCUUGGUCUCUGAGUCCUAAACCUCUCUCCCCCACCCCCAAGAACUGACACUGGUAGCUGGAUCAGGAUCCUGAUGAGAUAAAGGGCUUUUUGGCCACCUCUUUAUAGGCACAGCCCUGCGUUCUAAAGUUCAAUGUCCAUGUCAGAAAUUUCCAUUCUGAUUUUAUCCCGUGAACUGCCCUGAGAUAUAGAUCAAUAAAUAACUGCAGGUACAUAUUCAAUAAAUAAUAUAUAUACAUAUAAGCACUCUUUUUCUCUCCCUGGAGCUUUCCCCAUGAAAACCUGCUUUUUAAAGCUGAAGCACAACAAAUGGCAAUUCAGGUUUUCUGCGGAUUGCUGCUUGCUCCGAUUCAGCUUUAAAGAGUGGGUUUUCACAGGGAAAUCUCUGGGGCAAAAAGACAAAGGCACAGAGCUUUAAAGUAUGGACCAUGCCUGGAAAGCACAGAGGAAAGGUAAGUGUGGAUAAGCCCAUGGAUAAUAUUUGAUUCUGGAUCAGUUACUCUUCAUUGCCUUCACUAUCCUGCUCUAACUAGCAAUUUCACAAGCCAGGGUUGUGUAGCAGGUUAGGUAGCUGCAGCUACUCCCACUGGUUCCUCCCUGUUGUCCAGCCCCUUACCUCAACUGCUGUGCGGCCCACCACUUGCUAGCCAGCGGCAGCCUUACUUUGAAUCAAGGCAUGACCUUAACCUUGCUUACCAUUUGUGGUUUGGAGCCCAGGUCACAUGGCAUGGCAAGGCAGAGACUCUAGCUUGUUGGCAGCCGUGGGGAAAGGAGCACUGCAGGAACUUUUGAAUAACAUCCUCCAGCAAUCUACUUAUUCGUGUUAAACCGUAUUUCCAGAAUACAAUAACGUGCAUCGGGAAAGGGGGCUGUAGAGCUGAUCAGACAGCUUUUAAAACUUUGGCUCCAUUGCUACAUUGUCACACCAGCCUUCCGCUUUUUCUUUUAUUUGCGGGGGCUGCAGGGUAGGAUGAAUCCUCCGUGUUGGUGUCAGGCUUGUGAAGCAUCUCCAGAUUGCAGUGUUCUUGUACUACUCUGUUUGCCUCCACCUAGGCUGCUGAAACGGCUCCAAUUCACUGCACUGCUUUAGAUAGUAGAAUGUUCAGGUCCCAAGAAAGCUGCCUAGGAAAGGCCCCAGUGAAUUCAUCUCUGCUGCAUUUGUUUUGCAACGACAAACUGCUUCAUUCACAUUGAAUGACCUGACGUAGGCAUCCUAACGGUGAUCCAAAGUCUGUAAGGAGUCAGAACUGCCAUGGCACACCUGUAGCAGCAAAACCAGAUGCCUUUGUCUGCCGCAACUGCAACAAAACAUGUCUCUCCCACAUUGGUCUCUGCAGCCACAGCGGGUGCUGUAACUCUCCAAUGGUUUGACGUUACCCCUGAAGGUGCACUCUUCCUUUAUCUCCCGAGACAGACGGAUGCCAAGAAAUGGAGUUGGUGGUUUUGCUAAAAGCUAUUAUUUGCUGAUUGGAAAUCAUGGCAGCUGCUCCCAUAAAAGCCAUUAUGUAAAAUAUAUGCCUUUUGUUACCAGCAAGCGCACUACUUAUCUGUGUUUGCACACUGGCUUUGAGCCACUUGGAUACUUUUCUACCAGUUAUGCAGUACCUCCUACCUUCACAUAUUAAUAGUUGGGUUAGAAAGGAGAGCUACAGUUUAAGUUUUCUCAUACCCAAACCUUCCUAUCAAAAUGCUGGUCUAUAUCUUUUAAAAAAUGGUAUAGAACAAUAUCACGGCAACAAAGAAGGAAGUUUUCCAACUUGGUUGCAGGCUACAUCACGACGGAGCUUGUUUGCCUUUUCUGUGAAGUUUUUCAUGUCAAAGUGUGUUGGGAAUGAACAUGCACACAUGAAGGCAAAACCAGCUACACACCUAAUCCCAUUUCCUAAUCUGUUGGGUUUGACUAAGUGAUGUAAGAACGCUCCUCUUUCUUCCCAAAUGAAGCAAGAUGCCCUUGACUGAGCCUCUUGCUUUGGGCAGUGGAACAGCUCAGUGAAUCUGGAAGGGUCAGCUCUUCCCUGAAGGUUUUAAUUAGGGUUGCCUAUAUGUGACAUCUAUGUGGGGCGUGGGUGGCUCUGUGGUCUAAACCACUGAGCCUAGGGCUUGCCGAUCGGAAGGUCGGCAGUUCAGAUCCCCACGACAGGGUGAACUCCCAUUGCUCGGUCCUAGCUCUUGCCAACCUAGCAGCUCCAGAGCAUGUCAAAGUGCAAGUAGAUAAAUAGGUACCGCUCCGGCAGGAAGGUAAACGGCGUUUCUGUGUGCUGCUCUGGUUUCGCCAGAAGCAGCUUAGUCAUGCUAGCCACAUGACCCAGAAAAACUGCCUGCAGACAAACAUCGGCUCCCUUUGCCAGUAAAGCCAGAUGAGCACCGCAACCCCAGAGUUAAGCGUCAGGGGUCCUUUACCUUUAUGUGUGAUUCAUUUCCUUCUUUCUUAUAUCACCCUGGAGCAUCUCUUACAGGAAUCUCUUGGGCCAUUUCCUUGUUCCUUCUUAGCUGUUGCCAGUUGGCACUGCUCCGAGACACCUGUUGUGCUGCACAGGGUGUGGGCAGGUAGCAGAAUAGGUAACCAAAGCAGGCUACUUCUCUCACUUAUAGGUAUGGAAUGUGCUGCUCCAUGUUGCACUCCCCCAAGCCCUUUCCUGCCGCGUUAACCAAGAUUCUGCAAUCGGGUAGAUUAUUACAGUAUAAUAAUUUAUUAGCCUUCACCCUUGGGUUUCGGGGCAGCUUGCAACAAUUAACACACGUUAAAAACAGUUUAAACAACUUGCAGUCACGGAAAUAAGGUGGGUGCUAAAAGCAUAGCAUACCUUGCAAGUUUCAAAAGCCAGGGUGAAGAGGAUCUAUACAACCCAAACGCUGAGAUAUGUGAAGUGGCUGGCAGCUGGAGGCCCAAGGGCCUAAUAUUGGAAAACAAAGAGUGGACAAGGUGCAUGGAAAGGGCUGCGGCAAGGGGACUCGCGCCUGUUCCCAUCCCUCCCUCCUCCCUCAAGUGUUGCAGAUAGCAACAGCUGUGGACUAAGGUUAUAUGUACAUGCAAAACAUGGCUUUUGACACUUUAAAUGAAGCAGCUCUGGGGUAUGGAGAAAGGAGGCUCUGGCAACAUAAUUUUAAGAAUAACUGUGUUGUGGUCAGAGCAUGAUAGUAUCUGGGAGAACCCAGAUUCAAGUCACCAUUCAACUAUGGAGUUCCAUGGGAGGAGAGGCAUGCAGACUGUUUUAAGUUUCCCAGGAAUGUAGGAAACUGCCUUAUGCCUAGUCAAGACCUUGCUCAGAAUUGUCACCUUGGACUGGAAGCAGUUCUCUAGCAUUUUUGUCAGGGGGCAUUCCCAGCCCUUCCUGCAGAUUCUGGGGAUUGAUCUGCAACUGAGCUUAACAUUUUUUUUCAUUUUUUUACUUGAAAGCUGCCAAGCUUAAUCCUUCUGUGUUUCCUUGGUUUUUGGGGGGAGGGAGGGAGUGUAAGCAAAAAAUAAUUCUGCUAUCCUAUUUCUUUCUGUCUGCCACUUGUCCUAACUUCUUUUGCCUCCCUGGUGCAUAUGUUGCUAUGCCUACCACCCACUCCCACGUUCUCCUUUCCUGUGGACACCUCUCAUUUGGCAGGUGUGCGGUUUGCUUUUUGCUGCACUGAGACUUCUCAUGCAGCUGCAGAGACAGGAAGAUGCUAUUACUGUUAGUUGCUUUGUCUCGCGGUGCCACGUCUGUCCAUACUUGUGCUUGCUGAGAGCAGAUCGCCUUGUGUGUAACAAAUGGCUGGGCUGGGCUCUGGAUGUGAACUUCCCCCCGCUUUCAGAACCUUACCCCUGCAUAUGUAGACAUGAAACGUUUGGGGGCGAGGUGGGGGCAGGAAAUGCAUUUUCUUGUAAGCAUCCAAGCGAAAGCUGAACGUUGUGAACGUCAGGAGGCUGAUCAGAUAAUCAAAUCGGCAUUAAAUGGUUUUCGAGCGAAGAUGAUGCUUGCUUUUAGGCGAUGCAUGCAUGGGUUGUAAAUGGCUAUUCUCUCCCCAAAGACACGGAAUGCCUCUCAAAAUGGUGCUUCUCUGCUACAGUUUGUACUUGCAUUAAAAUUAGUUUCUUCCCCACCCCCAAAGAACCUGCUGGUACUUUAACUGGGGCACCUUUUUUGGCCCAUCAAAAUGUUUGUGCUUAAAAAAAAAAUGUUAACCUGACGAAUGAGCAUUGCCUGUACUCAUUCUACCUUCUGCUGCUUCCAACAGGUCACUGUCUUCUGUUUCCCUUGCUGCUGCUGCCGCCGCCACCCUUCAGCCCAGCUGCACCAUGGAUAGAUGAUCCUGGCCCUGCCUCAGCCAUGCUGCAGUUGCGUGGCCGCUACCUGCUGCUCUUCCUAGGGGUGCAGCUGGUGGUGAUGGCUCUGCUGUACCACGAUGGCUACCGCAAGCGUGUUGCCUAUUUCCUGGGCAUCUUCUACAAGGGGGGCACAUUGACUAUAUUGUCCAGCCUACACAAUGUUUCGCUGCCAGGGGACGUCUACGCCAACCUCAGCCUAAUUGCCCGGCCCCCUCUGCCCCCAGAGGAACUUCCUUACUGUCCAGAGGCAUCUCCUUUUCUUGGUAAGGGCUUCUCUGUUAUUGAUCCUGAUUCUGGUUAGGAACUGGGGAUUUGGAGUCAGCCCUAAGGUUUGAAUGGUGUUGGGCUGGAGUGGUUGUUCUGAAAUUAAGAGACACAGAAGCUCUAAUGUAUUGUUUCAUUGAACCAGCUAGCCAUCUGGAAAGGUUUUGGGUGGCACGUGAAAGGCAAAAAUGAGCAUGAAACAGUGAAAUAAAUUCUGAGCAAGCUUCCGGGUCAAUUUUCUCUCUUUGUGUGUAGCAUACUAGUUCUGAGACUAAAGAGUUCAGUGUAAUUCAAAAGCUUGCUUCAUGUUUACACCGCUCUUUGGCCCUGGGAAAGAAGACACAAAUUAUGGAAGUAGAGUACGGCAAUAGUGAUUUUUAAACAGAGAUGCCUAGUGAUGAGAGACCCCCGCAAAAAGAGGCUUGAGGAUUGUAGGCCCAUCGUAGAAGUGAUCUUCCAUUAAGCCAUGAAGUGCUCUGUGAAAUGAGAGAAGUGGUUCUCUCUCUUCGACCCAUGCACCCUUUCUUGUCCAGUGUGACUAGUGAAAGCAUAGUGAUAACUCAGUUCAUAGAGCAUGAGACUCAAUCUCAGAGUCGUGGGUUCGAGCCCCAUCUUGGGCAAAAAAAAAUCCUGCAUUGCAGGUGGCUGGACUAGAUGACUCACAUGGUCCCUUCCAACUCUACAAUUCUAUGAUUCUUUAAAGUUUGCAGGGAUGACCAGGGAUGGAGCAGGUGGAAAGAGAAAAGAACCCUGGAACUGACUAGGAGGCUAAUGCUCAUUUUAAUCUAAAAUGAAAAUGUUUCGAGGUGUUCUCCUCUUGAGGACUCUGGGUCACGUUGGCUCUUAGCCUGCAGUCUGCUGACUACCUAGCUAGGUGGUGGAGAUUGUUUGCCUUACCCCUGUCUCUGCUCGCCUGCAGGAGGCCCUAUUCGGGUGACUUUCCCCGCAGGGCUGUCUCUGGAUGAUAUUGUGCGGAAGAAUCCCCUUGUGACCAAAGGGGGGCGCUACCGUCCGCCCGACUGCGAUGCAGUCCACAAAACAGCUGUCAUCAUCCCCCACCGCAACCGAGAGCAACACCUCAAGUACCUGCUCUACUACCUGCACCCUUUCCUGCAGCGGCAGCAGCUCACCUAUGGCAUCUACAUCAUCCAUCAGGUGCGUUGCCACAGCCGUGUGUGAGCUGGGCAGGGCAGGAGGUUUCAAUAAUAAUAAUUAUAAUUAAUAAUUUUAUUAUUUAUACACCACCCAUCUCGCUGGGUUUCCCCAGCCACUCUGGGCGGCUCCCAGCAGAAGAGUCUCCAUGGCUGCUGCCUGUCCCUGCAUUAAUGUGUGGCCUCUCUCUCUCCUUAGGAGGGAAUAGAGGCAAUAGCUCUCUUUAUUGUUAAUGGAGGAGUGCCCAGUGAAGGCAGGUGGGCAGGCAAAGCUUUUUUCAGCACUAGGCCUCAGUAGGGGGCAGUGGGUUGCGCUCUGAUUGCUGCAGAGAGGGAAAGCUGUAGUUCCUUCCAAAAAGUGCAGUGAAUCAUGAUUUCUGCUGUGCUGAGUCUGAUCUCUGGAGAGGUGGGGAAGAGUCAGGCACAGGGAAAGGAACCCUAGCAAGAGUACUACGGGGUGGGGUGGAGCUGAGACUGGGUAUGGGGAGCGGGCAGGGACUAACCAGCACCCAGCGGUUUGAGCUCACCGAAUUCCUUGGAGGGGGAAGAGAUAAGGUAAGGAACCUCGGGUGUAGAUGAAUGAGUCCCCCCUGGAGCAUGCCCAAGCCAAGAUAGAAAUGGAGUAGGUGGUUCUGGAGGAGCUGUCAAAUGUGAGAAUGCCAGAAGUCAGCGUGGAGGAAGGAUACUAUUUUAAUGUAGCGCUAGUGGUGACUGUCCUGGAUGUGAGAGUUUAGCACUUUAGGGGAGCUAGUUUUUACGCACACACACAGAGAGAGAGAGAGAGAGAGAGAGAGAGAGAGAGAGAGCGCUCUGGUGUAAAUGCCACCCAUCUCUUUCUCAGGCUGAGAACUACACUUUUAACCGGGCCAAACUCUUGAAUGUGGGCUUCAAGGAAGCUAUGAAAGACGAGGACUGGGACUGUAUGUUCUUCCAUGAUGUGGACCUCAUCCCUGAAGAUGACCGCAAUGUGUACACCUGCGACCGUUUCCCCAAGCACGUGGCUGUUGCCAUGGACAAGUUUGGCUACAAGUAAGCUUCUUGGAUUUGGGUCUGUUUCCAUAGGAAUGCUUCUAUACCCCUCCCAACACCCUUUCCUUCUUAAAAUAGAGAUGCCCAGUCUCCCUUCUGAAAACAAAAUCACACUGAAAACAACUGCUUUCUCGUGUGUUUCUAGGCUGUUUUCUAGAUACAGAUAUGGGGAGGACUGGGAAGUGUGCUGGAAGAGUUAGAAUGUCAGACUAGAACCAGAGAAACCUGGAUUCAAAUAUUCACUCAGCCAUAAGGCUUACUGACGGGACCUUGAAGCAGUCAUCCUCCCUCAGUCUACUUUGCAAGAUUGAUGUGAGGAUAAAGCAGGGGAAGAGUCAAAUGAUGCUGUUUUGAGCUUGUCGGAAGGGCAGCCUUCUUGAGUGCAGCUGCAUUACAGGUGGGAGUUGAUAGAGAAAAGCUUUCUGCAUACAGCAGCUCAGCUGUAGGGGAAGGUUGGUGCUAAAGAGCUGGAAGCCUAGGCAGACCAGUGUUAGAAGCUCAGAUCUAUAAGCUAAAAUGGAAUGUCUAGUUGCCAUUUUGGGGCAAGACGGCUCUGAAGUCUUAUUUUUCAAAUGAUGGGUUGACUGUGAUCAUCAGUUUAACAUCUGGCUUGUUCAGAUGACAACCUUGAGCUAGGUUAAGAACUUUGAGGACUUAAAGAAGACAAGUCAUUUUAUCCAGGGACAGUCUACAUAAAUACUGGCUUACUCCUACCUCUUUAUCUUAAUGGUGACAUGGACCGUUCAUAACUUAAGAAUAUUCUUCACAACUGUGAGCAGGGCAGUGGGGUGGGGUAAGUGAAGACAAGUGACAACAAUUACGUAACUAUAACGUUUUUUCACCGCUCCUGCUCAGGUUACACAGAAAAAGCAUUUUGGUUCCCGACAUUCAUUCUGACUAUGCAGAUAAAAUAUUAACUGAUAGAAUUGUAUAGGAUAAUGGUAUUAGGGUGUGAAAGCAGUCAAGAUUCAAUGAUCCCCAGUCAUGCACCUCCAGAUGCUGGAGGUGUCAGGCGCCAUCCUGGUGCCCAGGCACCUUCACUUGGUCACAAGUGGACGAUAGCCAGGUGCGAAAUGCACCUAGAACAUGUCUAAUUUUGAUCAGUGGACGGGACCCUGCUCUAGAAAUGGUCCUCCUGAAAUGCAGUGUACUGCUGCCCUUAAAAACCCUAAAAUGACAUGCAUGCUUCAUGCAGUGAAGAGAGCGAGGUCCUCUCUAUUAGCUGCCAUUUGAUUCCUCUUCCAGAACUCUCCCUCAGGUCAUUCCAUGUGAAUUGGUACCUGAAUUUAUUGCUUUUCCUUUUCCUCCCACAUUCCUUUUUCCUUUCAUGUUAUAUCUAUUGGUCUGUAAGCCUGUGGGCAGAACCUGUGCUUGUGAACGUAAUAUUCGCAUAGUAAUAUUAGAUGCCCAUAUCUCUGUGCCAGCUGAGGUCCUAUGUGUUUCCUCUAGAGAUUCCUAUAUGCAUGGUAGUAGCAGGUGGGCUACAUGUAAAUAAAUGUCCUCUUAAAUUCUUGCAGGCUUCCAUACAAGUCCUACUUUGGAGGGGUUUCUGCACUCAGUCCAGAGCAAUACAUGAAGAUGAAUGGCUUUCCCAACAACUAUUGGGGCUGGGGCGGUGAAGAUGACGACAUUGCAGUCAGGUAAAGAUGGUCCUUGGUGCUAGAAAAGGAGGCGGCUCCAGUUCCAUCCCUUCAGCAUAAAGCCCAGCGGCUUUAGGGGGAUUAGGCAACUCUAUUCACAAAGGUUUAAGGUGGCAUGGCUGAGGAUGGGACCCUAGGAGUCCUGGCUCUCAAACUUUCCCCCAUGUAUUGCCCUAGGGUUUGUAUCAGAGCAUAGGAAAUAUUGGCAAGGAGGGAUUGAGCAAGCUCGGGUAGGAAUCCAGGAUUGUUUUAUUCUGUUCUUGCUGUUGCCCAGGGGUGGGGCAAAGGAGAGGAGCCAUGAGUGGCAUGGUGCAGAUUUGAAGGCACUGAAGCACUGCAUUGCUUGGAUGUGUAAUUGUAGCACUUGUGCCCCUGCUGAAACCCCAUGUGCACUCCUGCUAAUGCUGCAUUCUCAUUCACCUUCUCUGCAGGGUAGCGCUGAGUGGGAUGGUUAUCUCUCGCCCAUCUACUCAGUACGGCCGCUACCGUAUGAUCAAGCAUGGACACGACAAGGGCAAUGAGCAGAACCCUAAGAGGUGAGUAGAGGAGGGGACUACUUGGGGCAGAAAUGUGGCCUGAACAAUUGCAAAUGGACUACUGUCUUGUAAACUAGGUGGUUAAGUGUAAUUGUAUGUAGCUAAUCUGCAUCCUCCUUAAUGCACCCUGCCAAAUCCUCUGGGCCAGGGUGAAUGUCCACCGCAGAUAAUAUGAUGGAUGAGCAACUCCCAGAGCAUAGUCAUAUUUAGAUAUUUUGUGCUUGAGGGAGUGAAGCCUCCAGCAGUGGCCAAGCUGGAGUGGGAGCAUGGAAUGUUCAGUUGUUUUAACGGUUUGCAGUCCAGUUUCUGUGAGAGAAAGGAAGGUUGCCAUUAUGGCUGGCCUGAAGACAUCACACAAGGGUAAACAGAGAACUGGUGAGAAGUCCUGGGAUGUGGAGAUUCUAAAGAACCAAGAGCCCAGACAGAUGUUUUUGUUUUUGUGCUGUGAUUUUCCCUUAAUGCUAUUUCUGGUGUGGCAGAGCUUGCCAACACUCUGUUGUGGUGGUGCAAAAUAACCUGGACUGGGAAUUUUGUAGUAAAAGAGAACUGGAUAGUUGUUUCCAAUCCAUUUGUAAAACCCAGGCCCCCACCAUUACCAACCAGGGCUGUUGGUCCUCACUGCCUACUCUGAGUUGCCAUAUCACAAGGAUAGAGGGAGAGUAGAAACUGUACAAUUGGUAGAAAUUGCAUGUUGGACUCAAAACGUAAAAACCUUAUGCACCGUUGGAGCUUUGGCUCAGUCCUCAAACCUUCCUUGCUUGCUAGUUAUACACAUCCACUCCUGCUUGUAGGCUGUAUGUGUAGUUUUGCCGCUUUCCUAUUUCCUGCUUGGUGUGUUUUUUCAACUUGGUCCGUCUGCCAUCUAUUAUCCUCCAGUCCCUGCUUUUUCAAGCAUUCUCCUUCCUUCCUUUUCUCCUCCCCACCUGCCACGUAUAGCUGCUCCUGAUCUUAAGCUGUGAAGUUUCUUCAGAGCACCCACUUCAUCAUUGUGAGUGGUUUGUAUUUUUUCGGCAGGUAUAGGCAUGGGUAUUUGCAACUGUUUUCCCCGUUAUUGACAAACAUGACACUGUCCUCCUCGCCUUGUUACAAAACGUUGACCACACCAUACCAUUUCAUUACUGGAAAUCUGUGUAAAAAGAAUACGUAAGCUUCUCCUAACCUGCAAAUCCAAGGAGCUGCACUUUGGGCGGGGAGGUGGUAGGAGAAGGGCUCGAGUUCUCGCGCUUGACUCUGUGAAUUUUCCUUACAGAUUUAACUUGCUGGCCAAGACGAGGAGAACAUGGAAGCAGGAUGGCAUGAACACACUGGAGUACCAGCUGCUCUCCAAGAAACUCCACCCCCUCUACACAAAUAUCACUGUCUUCAUUGGCACUGAGAAGGGAAUGCGCCAUUCCAUGUGAUGCACUAGCCACAGAGUGGCCUGGGGACAGGAGCCCCACCCUGCCACUUCUCUGGGACCAAGGAAACCAAAGAAUCCACAGGGAGAUGGACAGCCCUGAGCAUUGUGGUCAUCAUGUGCUGACUGUCGUGUCUAGCAAGGUGCUAGGGGUACUGCAUUACCAGGGACUGGAUGGGGACUCCACACAAAGACUUCCUCCCCCUCCCCUGGAGCGUUUCUCUCUUGAGGGCUGGAUGCAGUCUGACUUUACAGGACUCCGUUUGUGGGGUGCCUUUCAUACCUUGGUUGAAGGAGCGGCACGGUAGCUUGAGCAGAAAACCAGGACUGUCCUUUGCAAGUCUGAACCUCUGCAGCUGCUGUGCCAUGGUUUGUCUUUCUUAUUAAAGUGCAAUUUAUUUUAAAGCGUGUGGCCAAGUAGCAGUUUCUCUUCUGGAGCAAGAGCCUAAGAGGGAAGCUGUUAGCAGCCAUCUCUCCUGGGCCAGUUGUGCUCUUUGCCAGGAAGGCAAGAGAGGAGCUGUAUGAGGGCCAGAGCUGAUUGGCAGGUCAACACACUAGCGCUGGGAUGGCCCAGGCAGGUAGCAAUGAGUUGUGCUGGAAGACAUGGUGGGCUUAUAGGCGUACUAUCAGCAGUGUCUAAGGAGAUGUGAUAAAAUGCCAAGCUAGCUUGUUUCUCGCUCUUGCAAAGGCAGUUAUUCUGAAGAGGUCCCUUCUGUUCACCCUCUUCCUGUGCUGCAGAAAGGAUUGUAGCUGGAUUUCCACCCCCACCCCCUUUCUUGGAUGAGUAGAUCUCAAGGAUCUCUGCUUCUACAGCUGUGCGAGCUCAGCUGGUUCACUGAAUUGGUAUAUACAAGAUGACCCCUUCUGUAACAGUAUUGGUCUCUCCAGAGCAGGUCCUACCUGCUGCUGUUAUCAUUCCGAUUCUAUGACACUGGGAUUUGUAACAGCCAUGAAUAGCAAUAGCAAUAGAGCUGAAAUUAGGAUUGGCACUUAUUUUUAGCUCUUGUGAUUUGAAAAUGUCUUCACUGUCAGCCUUGGAAGACAGAUGAGUUGACCAUUCACUAUACAGUGGUACCUCGGUUUUCGAACGUAAUCUGUUCCGGAAGAUGGUUCCAAGUUCUGAAACAUUCAAAAAUCGAAACUCAAUAGUUGACAGAGUCUUGCACUCAGUGGAAGCCGCAUUUCCUAUUCAUCAUCCGUGGCGUGUUCGAAAACCAAAGAAUUUACAGUUUAUGGUGUUCAAGUUCCGAAACAUUCAUCAAUGGAGACGUUCGAAAACUGAGGUACCACUGUAGUUUGUAUUGAUUAGACUAGGUGGUGACAAUUUUGCUUUGCAAUUUCUCAGGUGUUGUUCUUUCACAGCUAUCUCCAAACUCUUAAAGAGUUCAGCCAAAUUCCUUCAACAUCUGAAGGACUCAAGACAAUGCAAUGAACAUGGCUGCAGCCAUGCUUUUUCCAAAGGUACCUUAAGUAAUCCUCAGAACUGUGGAAUCAGCCAUGCCAAUGCAUAAGCUGAAGGAGUUGUGAUAAAAUGUGCAAAUCUGGCUUGAACCUCUGGAUCAAUCGUUUAUAUGAAAAGGAAGUAAAAUGUGCCCUAAAAGAGAACAGUGAUAUUGCAAAGAAACUAAAUGAAUUAUUUGUAUCCAUUGUGAAAGAUGCUGGGCUGAUACCUGAUCCUCAGCGGCCUUUUUGAAGGAGGAGUCUGAAUAAUUGAGACAAAUGGCUGUGACAAAUAGAAGCCCUAGUGCUUAUUAUCAGAUGGCUGGGUCUGAAUCAGAUCCAUUCAAAGUUAUUAAAGGAACAAGUGCAAAACUGCUGAUCUUCUAACAGAGAUAUGCAACUUAUCCCAAAAAUCAGUUUCUGUACCAGAGGAUUGGAAAGUAACCAUAUAUAUAGAGAGAGUGGUUCAGGUGUGAACCCAGGAAAUGAAAAAGCUAGUAAGCUUAAUAAAAUUCUAUCAAGUAUAUAGAAGUUACAAACCUUUUUGAAGAAGAAUCAGCAUGGCUUCUGCAAAAGAAAGUUCUGUCUCACAUCUUUUAACUUUAGUCUGUCAACAGGAAUGUGGAUGGGAUGAUCCUGGAGGAUCUUGGGCCUUUGGACUUUUGGGCAAUACCUCACUAAAGGCUGCUGCAUAAACUGUUAGUCACAGCAUAGAAGGACCUCUAAUGGAUCGGUAACUGACUAAACAACAGAAAGAAGAGAGCAGGAAUAAAUGGACAGUUUCACAACGAAAGGAAGAAAGAGAAAAUAUAUUGUAGUUGUUUAUAAAUGAGAUGGCCAAACACUAAAUUAUUCAAGAUUAUCAAACCCUAAAUGGAUUAGGAAGUUAAAAAAAAAGACCUCCAAAUUCGCAAAUGAGGUUCAAUAUAAUGGGGGCAAAACCUCCUAACUUUCGAUAUACUCUGAUGGGGUUUUAGCUAGUGCUGAUUAACAAAGAUGAUCUCGGGGUUGUGGAAGAAAGCUCACUAAAAAUCUUGGCAUAUAACUACAAACAAAUAAUUCAUUGCUAAUGAUUAUUAGGUAAGAGAAUGAGAAGGAAACUGUCAGUGGUAAAAAGCCCUUGGCAUAAUGACAUUAGUUGCUGCUGCUAAAAUAAUGCUGGAUAAUAAUGGACCCAUUGUGUGGCUCAGAAUAGGUAGCUUUCUGAGGUCUUGCAAAUAUUGUUUGCUGUUUCUAGGUGUCCGAUCUCAAAAAUGAUACUGUACAUCUGGAAGUGGUACUGGCAAGGACAACUAAAAUUAUCUCUAAAUGAAAGGCUACAGUGGUUGCGGGUGAAAAAAAGGAAGAAAUGAUUGUUUUUGAUGGUUGUAAAAUUAUGUAGGGUAUGGAGAAAAUGGUUAAAAAGUUUUUUCUCCUUUUCAGUACUGUAACUCAUCACCCGAUGAAUGUGGCAUAAGAUUCAGGACAGAUGAAAAGUAAUUAUAGUACUGUAUAUUAUUUCUUAGUGGAAUUUCCUGCCACAAAAUGUGGUGACCACUAGCUUAUUACAUGACUUUAAAAGAUCUGAUAAAUCCAUGGGAUGGUUAUAUGCAACCCAGGCUCCGAGGCCGUGUCCUAUAUACAGUGGCAGGGUUGUUUCCUUCCAGAGACAUCUUAUUUGCCACUGGCCCCAAGGCCUCCCACUUUUCCCAUGAGCAAAGGGCUCCAAUACCCCAAACAUUUUGGACACAUCACUGAUUUGAAUAAAAAUCUGCAUUGUAAAGAUGUGUGUUAGACUGGCAGUUUCAAUCUGUUUUCUGGCAAUACCCAGGGCCUACACGCUAGUUUCUGAAUGAGAGACUGAGUAAGUUGAGGCUUCCACUGUCUACCUUUGGCAAUGUGCUGGUAGAACAGGAGUAACACAAAAGUGUCCCAAAUUUCAGCAGCAGCUGUGCUGUGCACCUUCCUGUUCCACUUCUUGAAAGCCAUCUGUUCUCUUGCUCACGAAUAGUGAAAUGGUUCACUAUUGCUGCAAGCCAGGUUAACAUGUAACCGCUGUACGACAGAGAUGGGGAAGCGGUGGGCCCACCAACUGAUGUUGGACACAACUCCCAUUGACCAUGGAUGCUGAGACUGCAAAGAGCUGGUGUCCUACAGCAUCUGGAGGGCUACAGGUUCCCCGACAUUGUGGAACAGACAUUUAUAGAAUAGCCUUCUUGGCUAAGCUCCUUCAACAUGUCUGCUGAUUCGUAUGGUUCCAUUACAUGAACUAAGCUUGGACAUCUCUCCCAUAGCUUUGCUGUUAUGCUACUCACAUUGCGGACUGGGGGAGGUUGUCAUGACUGCAGAGAUUUUUAAAAUUAUUAUCAUCAACCGGAUUCAUUCUGCCUUCCUAGAGUGUGGGAUAUAAAUAUGAAGGAAUAAAGCUACAUGCUGAAUGAGUAGUAUGAACCCCAUGCUACAUGAAUAGUCCA